AUGGCUAGUUAUGGCUUGACUAAUCAAGUUUUGACAUUAUACUUGAAGAGUAUACAUGUUAGUGAAUACAGAAUAGGAUUAUUUAUGACAUUAACUUUGAUAGGUGAUACAACAAUUUCAUAUUUUUUAACAUGGAAUGCUGAUAAAAUUGGUCGUAAAUUAGUGAUGUUGAUUGGUUCAUUAAUGAUGAUGAUAUCAGGUUUAGCUUUUAUGUAUUCUACAAAUUAUUAUAUAUUACUAUUUGCUGCAAUUGUUGGUGUUAUUUCACCACUGGGAGAUGAAACUGGUCCAUUUAAAUCAAUUGAAGAAGCCUCGAUAGCUCACUUAACUCUGUAUGAUGAAAGAGCAGAAGUGUUUGCUAUUUAUGGAGUAUUUGCAACUACAGGAUCAGCUUUAGGAUCAUUAAUUUGUGGAUUUCUUGUUGAUUUUAUGCAUUUGGAUUUGAAUUGGAGUUUGACCAAUAGUUAUCAAUAUAUUUUUAUUGUUUAUUCAAUUAUUGCUUUGAUCAAAUUUACAUUGAUGUCUUUCUUAUCAAAGGAUUGUGAGAUUUCAGAUGAGAAUACUAAAUUACUUGAUGAUAAAUUAUCUUCCACCACCAAACAUCAUCUUCCAAGAUUGUUAAUUAUUUUCAUGUUGGAUUCAUUAGGUUAUGGUUUCAUGCCAUCAGCUUGGAUAGUUUAUUAUUUAAAAUUUGCAUUUAAUUUCACAGCAAAAGGAUUAGGUACUUUAUUUUUUAUUACAAAUCUGGUAGAUGCUAUAUCUUCAAUUCCAUCAGCAUAUUUUGCUAAAGCAUUAGGUCCUGUAAAGGCUAUCAUUUUCACUCAAGCACCAUCUGCCAUUCUCUUCGGGUUAAUUGCAUUUUGUCAAAAUUAUAUCUAUGUGAUUAUAUUGCUUAUACUAUACUACACUACAACAACAAUGGAUGUUGUUCCUAGGCAACUUUUGCUUACUUCGAUAAUGCCUAAGAACGAGAUUACGAAAGUUAUGGGGAUCGUCAAUAUAGGAAAAACAUUUGCAAGAUGUAUUGGUCCAAUCUUUACAGGCAGAUUAGCUGAGCACAGUCAUUUGAAAUAUAGUUUUAUUAUUAGUGCGUCUUGUACAUUAUUAGCUGAUUUGAUACUAGGGAUCAGUUUUUUACAUGUAGAAAUAAAUAAUGAAUGA